AUGCCAGAUAUUCCAAAAUAUGAUGGGACUUUGGAUUCACAAGAACAUAUCACGACAUACACUAUGGUUGUAAAGGGAAACGACCUGGCCCAGCACGAGAUUGAAUCUAUUUUGCUAAAGAAAUUUUGGGAAAUCCUGAUGAAGGUUGCCUUAACUUGGUAUUCUCUUUUACCUGAUCAUUCCAAUGAUUCAUUUGAAAUUCUUGCAGAAUUAUUUAUUAAAGCUUAUGUUGGAGCAAGAAAGUUCCAGAAAGAAAGGAUGUUAUUGCCGGCAGUACCGGAUGAGUGGGCUUCGGGGGCAUUUACAAAGGGUCUCAACCCAUUGAGUUCCGAUGCCUUCCGAAAAUUGAAGGAAAGCUUGCUAGAAAUUCAGGCAACCACAUGGGCAGAUGUUCAUAAUCGCUACGAGUCAAAGAUCAGAAUAAAAUAUGAUCAACUGGGUUCUUCGGCGUCUUCCAAAGGACGAAAUCGUGAUCGCAAUCAAGAUAAGUUCAAAAGUGAUUUGAUGCGUAUCGGAGUACUGGUGCCGGUUAUCAGGAAUAUUAAAGAAGCUAGGUUCCCGAAACCAAUUCUGUCGGAUCCAAGCCAGAAAGAUCCUAAUCUAUGGUAUGAGUUCCAUGAAAAUCACGGUCACAGGACUGGGGACUGCCGACACAUUCGUGAAGAGGUAGCAACAUUGUUGAAGAAUGGUCACCUUAGAGAAUUCCUAAGUGACCGGGCCAAGAACAACUGUGGAAAAAAUCGGGAUGUUGCAGAACCAUCAAAACCAGCUGCAGGGUCACCUUGUAUGACAAUAAACAUGAUCUUCAGUGGAGAAGAAGCAAAUGGAGUGAUAUUUUUGGCAACAAAGAAGACGAAGUUAUCGGUGACUCAUGGCAAGAGGAUUCGAAAGGUCUUAGAAGAUGACAUCACCUUCACAGAAGAAGAUGAUAAUGGAUUUCUUCUACCGUACAAUGAUGCUUAG